AUGUCUGUAAUCCUUGUCACUGGAUCUUAUGAUCAUGAAAUCAGGUUCUGGGAAGCGUGGAGUGGGAUUUGUUCGCGUACUAUAGCAAGAUCUGGAGAGUCUGGUCAAGUGAAUCGUCUUGCCAUCUCACCCGACAAACGCCUUUUGGCUGCAGCAAUUCACAAAAAGGUCUACAUUUAUGAGAUUACCAGCACCUCCUCGACACCACUAACGUGCCUAGAUGCACAUACAAAUAAUGUAACCUCCGUGUCCUUCCACAGCGAAGGUAAGUGGUUGGUGACGGGUAGUGAAGACGGCACCAUCAGAAUAUGGGAUCUUCGAAGUACACAAGUGCAUAGAACGUACGAUAACGGUGCCCCUGGCAAGUAUUAUCCCUUCUUUCAUGACUUGAAUGAUGUCUGUGUCCAUCCAAAUCAGGGAGAACUCAUAUCCUGCGAUCAAGCGGGUUGCAUUAAGCAGUGGGAUUUAUCCGAAAAUCUCUGCUCGCACGAGCUGACGCCUGCAGGCGAUGUUCCUAUUCGGUCCGUCAGCUUGGCAUCUGAUGGCUCUUGCCUAGUUGCAGGAAAUAAUAAGGGCAAAUGCUACGUCUGGAAAAUUAACGAGGAGAAAUCAGACCUACCUCGUUACCAGGCAGUGACAAAGUUCAGCGCCCAUAAGAAGUAUCUCACUAGGGUGUUACUAAGUCCAGAUGUGAAAUAUCUUGCCACGUGUUCUGCAGAUACCACCGUGAAGAUAUGGUCUAUAUCACAAAAUUAUGAAUUCAGACAAGAGAAGAUUCUUCAAGGCCACCAACGAUGGGUUUGGGAUUGCGCAUUCAGUGCUGAUUCAGCUUAUCUUGUUACAGCGUCCUCGGAUCACACUGCCCGGCUCUGGGAGAUGGCAUCUGGAGAGACUGUGAGACAGUAUAAUGGCCAUCAUAAAGGCGAGACGCCUCCAGCGGCUGUUUGCUGUGCACUCCACGAUGGUGCUGGAUAG